AUGGCUUCUACAAAUAAAAGAAAUUCUGCAGGGAGAAUUCAAAAUACAUUUUGCCCUGAAGGUGGAGUCUGCAAGCAUGGAUUCCUCAUCAAAUCACCACCUCUUCAACUUUUCAGCUCACAGAAUUCCUGGAAAAGGCGUCUUUUCAUCCUGUCCAAAUCCAGCAAGGGGAAUUACAUCCUGAAGUAUCUAAAAGGCCAACAUGUAAAAGGCUCCAUAGCUGUUGAUCAAAUCUUAAGUAUUGAAGUUGGCAUAAGAAAUUUUGAAAUUAUGGAAACGGUGAGGAAGAUGUUUAAAUGCCUUCCUGAGCAGGUGAUGUCCAUCAGUACUGGAAACAGAUGUUACUACCUCAUUGGGGACAGCAGGCAGGAAACAGAGGACUGGGUGACUCUGAUAUCUUCAGUCUGCAGGGAGGACAAACAAGGUGGAUGCUGCCCUCAGAACCAAGAUCUUCCAAAUCCGGGAGUCAGAAGCCGGCCCUCCUCUUUGCCACUAUUCUUAAAUUCCAUAGAUAUGACCAGUUUCACAGAAAGGCAAAGCUGCCAGAAGGAGAACGGUUGCUCAGAGGACAAGAACAGGCCUUAUUCAGAUCCUGGCCCUCAUCAGGCUCAGUGUGACUCACCAAGAGGAGUGUUUCCCAGCCUGCAGGAUAAAAUUCUGGGAAGAAGUGAGGAAAAUCUGCUGCCAUCAGAUACAGAUGAAAACAUCCAAAAGGAUGAAGAAGAUUAUUACCAAACUCCCAGCAAUAUUUUAGCACAGUGCGCUGCUGAAGUAUCAAAGCCUGACCUUACAGCUGGAACUGAUGUCUCUGUGCAAGAGAAACCAGUGCAAAACAACCCAGUAAAGGAGAACAUUUAUAUGUCAAUGAAAUCACUUAGGUUGCUGGAUGAGAGAUGCCAGCUCACGUGCAGACGUGAUAGGCUCCCAUCUCCUCCCAAAUGCCAGGACAGCAGUGCAUGUCCAAGAGACUUGGAAGCAAACAGAGACAUAGGAUUCCCAGAAAGCAGCACCAGCCCGCAGCCAACCCUCCAGAGAAGGCAAAAUUCAUUACCACUUUCAGUGGUUCAGUUGUCUAUACUGCUCAGUCAAGUUACAGAUGAGACCCAGCUGCAGAAGUUGGAUAUUUUUCUACCCCUGGCUGAUAUUAACAGUUACCUAAAAUUUACUGAAGCAGCAGGACGAAUAUGCAUUUCACACUGGACUGGUCCUCACAGACUGGGAUGUUUGUUUAACCACGGAGAUCAUGUAGUGGCUGUGAAUGAUCUGCAACCCCAGGGUGUGGAAGAGGCUUACUUCUUCAUCAGCAGGUCCACAAGAAAGGAGGUGAAACUUACUGUAUGUAGGAUUCCACAGUCAGAUAUCUUCCAUGCUAAAGGCUGCUCAUGUUCCUGA